AUGGCCUACUUGCUGCUAUAUGUCGACGACAUCAUCCUGACGGCAUAUACGGCUGGCCUUCUUAGUCAGCUCAUGGCUCGUCUUCGCGCUGAGUACGCCAUCAAGGACUUGGAUCCUCUACACUACUUCAUCGGUGUUGAAGUGGUGCGCCAUCUGGAUGGCUUCUUUCUUCAUCAGCGGAAGUACACUCAUGACCUCCUGGAGCACGCUGGCAUGCUUAACUGCAAGCCCGCCGCCACGCCUGUUGAUACAAAGGCCAAGCUCUCUGCCACAGAUGGUUCCCCUGCUUCAGAUGCUGCUUUCUAUCGGUCUAUUGUUGGUGCUCUCCAGUACCUCACUUUGACUCGACCAGAGACCGAGUAUGCAGUGCAGCAGGUGUGUCUUCAUAUGCAUGCUCCUUAG